GGUGGCGCAGCGUGAAAACUUGUUGCGCAGCUGCAAUGAGCAUGCCACGCCCCGUGGCAGGCAGCUCUUUAAGCUGCUCGCCAAGCAUUUCGGCAACAGUGAACUCUCCUGGCAGAAGGACGAAAUACAGGUGCUGCAACAACUGAUUAUAAAGCCGCCCUAUCGCAUUUGCGAUAUAACAAGCACCCAGAACAGUCCCAAGUUGCUGAAAUACGUGCAGCGUCUGCUGGAAAAGUUCAAUGAGAAUGCCGCAACUGGUGACAAGGAAGACACGAUCUAAAAGCAACAAAGAGUACUUAAUAAAAUACACCCACACACACACUCACACACAUUUACUCCCACACACCAAAAUACACUUGGAAACUGUUGCCCCGACGCUUUGUUUGUCAACAAAAACAUUUUCGAAAUACAAACACACAGAGUGUGCUACUGCUUUUGAUUAUUUAUCAGAUAAAUUGUAUAUAUAGUUGGCUAUUAUACGCGUAUUUAGAUAUAGUUCUAGGCAAUGGCUGAUGAUGAGGAUAAACCAAAGAGGCAUACACUCGACACGCUCUUCCACGUUUAUUGCAAUCACAAGGUAAUCCCUACGGAACUGGAUAAUGAGGUGUUUAAUAGUAUUUUGCUAUCGCAACUCGAUGCUUGGCUGGAACAGGCCAAACUGAUGCCAAUUCCCAUAACGCGGGUACAAACUGGUCUUAUCUAUAUGAGAUACAAAAAGUGGCGACUGAAUAUGAAGAUUUUCUUGAGGUGUUGCAACAACUUUGCAGCGAUACCGAACUUAACUAUGAUGAAUUCAAGGAAAUUAAUCGCAGCUGGUCCACCCACUGGAGGCACCGAUAUAGUCGUCGUCAAAUAG